UCCGCUCGUAAAGAGAGGGGCUACGCAGCCAUGGAGGGGGUAACUGUAGGGCAGGUAUUUGACGCGGAAUGCAUCCUCAACAAACGGCCAAGAAAGGGCAAGUUUGAGUAUUUGGUGAAGUGGAGAGGGUGGUCCUCCAAGCACAACAGCUGGGAGCCUGAAGAAAACAUUUUGGAUCCCAGGUUACUUGCAGCCUUCCAUAAGAGGGAACAGGAGAGGGAGCUGCUGUUCCAGAAAAAAGGGAAGCGACCAAGAGGACGUCCACGGAAAAUUCUGGAGCCAGUUCCGGCUGCUGCCAAAUCCAGCCGCUCCUCCUCCUCUUCGUCCUCUGGCCUCUCCUCUUCUGCUUCCUCCUCUUCCUCAGAUGACGAGGACCAGGUGAAGAAGGCCCGGCCAGGGCCACGCCUACGAGACCUGCCUUCCUCUCCCCAGAAGAGGCCGCCUGCCCUGGCGGCCAAGCAGGAGCCAGUCAGAAAGAAGCGUGGGAGAAAACCCCUCCUUCCUGAGCUCCGUGCUCUGAGACAGGCCAAGACCCCACCCCCCCCUCGCCCCCAGGCCCUGCGCCCCUCCCGUGACCCCCCCAGAGAGGACUCAAGAGGUGGAGUAAAGAAGCCCCUACAGCCAGCCAGCUUCACCUACCCAGGCCUGGCCAGGGCAGGCAGGGAGGAUUCAGGUGCCCAGGGCUCUUCAGGGGCCUUUUCCCAACCCGGGGCCCCUAAACCUGGAGCUCUCAGCUGCCUUUGGCCUGGCAGAUCUAUUUCCGCCUCCUCUCCCUCUUCCUCCUCCUCCUCUUCCUCCAUGGGUCGAGCCCCUCCCGCCCACAGUAAGAGCUCCUCUGAGCUGAAGCGCUCUCUCUCUGACUGUGGCAGUAGCAGGACAGGCUCUCUGAAGCUGGGGGGCAGCACCACACUGGGUCUGCAGACUUCUAAGCCUUCCGCGGGGUUAGGGGGAGGUCAGACAACAUGCGGCGCAGCUCAACGCCCUUCCCUGGGGCAGAGACGACCAGAGGGCCCAGGUGGAGCUCCACAAGGCAGCUCCAGGCCCGCCCCUUCCCCCCCUCCCUCAGCCAGGGACCGUGCCAGCCAGGCCCUCAACCUCAGAGCCCUCAACCUGCAGAGUGUCACCAAGACAGCAUCUGGGAACGGUCUCCAAGGAAACGGUGGCGUUGCUGUGGCAACAUCAAGGUCCAGUUUAAGAAGUGGCAGCAGCACAGUAGUGAAGGGAGCAGGGGGAAGCACUAGAGAGACACACACUCCCAGACAGGAAGGAAGAGGAGGAGGAGGACCAAGGCAAAGAGAGGACAAGAUGACUGAGGUGGGGAGAGAGAGGAAGGCAGUGGGGGUUAUGGGGAGGGGGGGUGGGACCCCGGGGGAAGGAGGAGGAGCGAGGCAGGACAGACCAUGUGCAGAGGACCGGAAGUCAGGACAGCGGAGCCUCAAUGACCUCAGCACAGGUGACUCAGACGACACUAGUAGCAGCGAAUCAGAAGGUGGCGAUGCUUCUCCAUACGCAGGCAAUGGGGGCCCCAGGAUCCAUCCGGUCCCAGUUGAUAUGGAGGCAGUGGACUCUGACUGGCGUCCCGCGCGUAGCCUUCUAGAACACGUGUUUGUUACGGACGUCACGGCCAACUUUGUAACGGUAACAGUGAAGGAGUCUCCCACCAGCGUGGGCUUCUUUAACUCCAGGAACCACUGACCUGAGAGCAGCCUUUGGUGAUGAACUACAGGGGCCCCUGCCCCUACACUGACCUGGGAUCAGUCUCUGACGGUGAACUACCACAAGCCACAUGUGGGAGGUGUUCAAUGCUUCCAUCUUCAUACGUUUCCUGGUCCCUUUCCCCAGUGACCAUCUUCCUGGAUCUCAUCAGGACGACAGCAGGACCUGUGGAGUUUCUAGGUUGGGGCUUCAAGAGGCCAGGUGGCGGCGCCUCCGGGGUCUGUGGGACCAUGUAUAGAGAACUGUUACUGGGCUUGUAUUGGUGAUCUUUGGACUGACUGAAGCACACACCCACACACUUACCAACAUCAGCCUGUUUUGUUCCCUUCGGGACCAAAGGAAUCAUGAAUGUGAAUGGUGUUUUAUUCUGUCAGAAGUUCAGUUAUUUGAAGCUACAGCUGUAUUCCAUUCUUGAAUUUCCACCUCUUAAAUGGUGCCAUUUUCAUCCUGAUGCCAAUCAGUGUUACUGAUCUGCAGGACCUACACUCUGAAUACAAUCAGUCAUUCAUUGUGUUCCAGGUCUUUGGAGGUGAAAUAUUAUUUUAAUUUAUAUUUAUAAAAAUGUUGUGAAUAUGUGUCUGUACUUGGUGCUUAUCUGGUGAAGCACCUUUGGAAAUACCUUGCCUGUGUGCCUACAGUUUCUAAGGCCUUGGUAUAAACCAUUAUAAGUACUUAUAAAUGUGGCUGGUGCUACCCAGAAUGCUGUUG